AUGCUCAUCUUGGGGUCGAAGUUCCUGGAGCGGGACGGCGGGGAGACCCCGCUGGAGCUGGCCCUCCGGACGAAGCAGGAGGACGUCGCCCGGUCGCUCAUCGGGCACGGCGCGGGGACGGACGAGAGGAACGCGGCCGGGCACGCCCCCCUCCACACCGCGAUCCUGGAAGGUGAGUGUCGUGCCUCCUCCGACGCUUCGGUGUCGUGCCUCGAGCCGAAAUGCAGUGAGCUCGCGGCGUGCCGCCGAUCCGGAGACUGCUGGGAGGCGUCGUUCCUCCUGGACUCGGGCGCCUCGCCCUCGCUGCCGACCGCGCCGGCGCGCCUCACGCCGCUUCACCUGCUGGCCGCCUCGCCGCACGCCGCCGUGCGGCCCCUCCUCAAGCGCCUUCUUUCCCUCAGCUGUGAUGUCAAUGCCUUAGACCGGGAUGGC